GUCGUCAGUUGCGCGCGUGGCUCCGGCUGCGCAGGAACAGCUGGUGCCUCCGAGGGCGGCCGGCGAGCGCGCGGGCGUGGGGCGUUGGGGGGCCGGCCGGGCAGCGCUGCGGGAGCUGCCGCCGCCGCCGCCUUGCACCAUCGCAUCAUGUCCGGGCAGCUGGAGCGUUGCGAGCGCGAAUGGCACGAGCUGGAGGGAGAAUUUCAAGAACUGCAGGAGACGCACAGGAUCUACAAGCAGAAGCUGGAGGAGCUGGCUGCGCUGCAGACGCUGUGUAGCAGUUCCAUCAGUAAGCAGAAGAAGCACCUCAAGGACUUGAAGCUUACACUCCAGAGGUGCAAACGCCAUGCCAGUCGGGAGGAGGCGGAGCUCGUUCAGCAGAUGGCAGCAAACAUCAAGGAGCGGCAGGACGUCUUCUUCGACAUGGAGGCCUACCUGCCCAAGAAGAACGGGCUCUACUUGAACCUGGUCCUCGGUAAUGUGAACGUGACCCUCCUCAGCAACCAGGCCAAGUUUGCCUACAAGGACGAAUAUGAGAAGUUCAAGCUCUACCUGACCAUCAUCCUGCUCCUGGGUGCCGUGGCAUGUCGAUUUAUCCUUCACUACAGGGUGACUGACGAAGUCUUCAACUUCCUGCUGGUGUGGUAUUACUGCACCCUGACCAUUCGGGAGAGCAUUCUCAUCAGCAACGGCUCAAGAAUUAAAGGCUGGUGGGUGUCUCACCACUACGUCUCCACAUUCCUGUCCGGAGUGAUGCUGACCUGGCCUAAUGGACCCAUUUAUCAGAAGUUUCGAAACCAGUUCUUAGCGUUUUCCAUUUUUCAGAGCUGCGUCCAGUUCCUGCAAUAUUAUUACCAGAGGGGCUGUCUCUACCGGCUGCGGGCCCUUGGGGAGAGGAACCACCUGGAUCUCACAGUGGAAGGGUUCCAGUCCUGGAUGUGGCGGGGCCUCACCUUUCUCCUGCCCUUCCUCUUCUGUGGCCAUUUCUGGCAGCUCUACAAUGCCGUCACGCUGUUUGAGCUCUCCAGCCAUGAGGAAUGCAGAGAAUGGCAGGUGUUCGUGCUGGCGCUCACCUUCCUCAUCCUCUUCCUCGGCAACUUCCUAACCACGCUCAAAGUCGUGCAUGCCAAGCUCCAGAAGAACAGACGCAAGACAAAGCAGCCGUGAGCCUCGGGCUCCUGUGCCCUCGGCCCGGACUUCAGACUGCAGGGAGCUCCCGGGCUCCUUCCCAGCAGCCAUCUCAGGCCCAUGGCGUCGCUGGGAGAGGGCCCAGGCCCUGGUCCCCCAGUGGACCUCAGUGGUCUAGAGGAAUGUGAGCCCCGCCUGUCCGCACAGUGUCCGCCCACCUAUUUAUGACAUAUUUAAUGCUGGGUCCCCCAUCGUCCCUGGAACCCGAGGCCUCCCCCCGUACUUGAAGGUGGCCGAGGCCAGGCCAGUCUUCCUGGGGAUGGGGCCUGAAGCCUCAGGGAGCCCCUCUGUUCCCACUCCUGUCAUUUGAACCCCUCUGGGUGGGGUUUGGAUGUGCCUCGAGGGGUUGGAUUUAUGCUGACCUGCUACUUACCAGGCCCAGGCUGGGGUGGUGUGAACCCUUAGUAUCCUGUGGCGCCCCCACCCCGGGGCCACUCUGCUUCUGCUGUGAGCCCCCUCCUCGCCCACCCCGCCGCGUGGUGAGGGUUAUUUAAGUUCUCAGAGACCCACCGCGUCUGCCUCUUGCUCUUCUUGCCCCUGGGAGCACUGGGGGCUUCCUGAGUCAGGCUGUGAGCAGAGUUGCCACCAGAGGGCGCCCUGGGCCCUGGGUUGUCCAAGGGAACAAGGACGUUCCCGUCUGUGCUUCGGGGUUCCCUGACCCCUCCAUCCUGCAGCCCACCUUCCUGCAGUGUCGCGGCAAGUACUUGGAGAGUGUGACCAAGACCCUUGGCCCCUGUGGAGGGGAACCACCUCCCCCCUCCUUCCCAGAGGUUCUGGAUGUUGUGGGAGGGAGGUGGGGGUGCCUGGCAGGCUCACCCCCAGGGGCCGCACCCUGAGGCGGGGACAGAGCCCCUGGGCAUUGCUUGGGUGAGACUAUGCAUUCGACAGGAGGCAGAGAGGCCACUAGGUUCGGCUCAGUGCUCUGCCCCACCAUUCAUAUAUGGGCCUCAGCUCCCCUCUCUAGGUCAGACCUCACAGCAGUGCCCACAGGCAUGCCUUGUUUAGCCCUCCCCAAGGAAUUUUAAAAUUUUUAAUUACUUUUUUUUUCUUUUUGAGACAGGGUCUGUUGCCUAGGCUGGAGUGCAGUGGCAUGAUCAUAGCUCACUGCAGCCUCCGCCUCCGGGGCUCAAGGGAUCCUCCCACCUCAGCCUCUGGAGUAGCUGGGACCACAAGCAUGCACCACUAUGCCCUGCUCCUUUUUUUUUUUUUUUUUUUUUGAGAUGGAGUCUCGAUCUGUCACCCAGGCUGGAGUGCAGUGACACUAUCUCAGCUCACUGCAACCUCCGCCUCCCAGGUUCAAGUGAUUCUCCUGCCUCAGCCUCCUGAGUAGCUGAGGCUACAGGCGCGUGCCACCAUGCCUGGCUUUUUUUUUUGUAUUUUUAGCAGAGAUGGGGCUUCACCAUGUUUACCAGGAUAGUCUUGAUCUCUUGACCUUGUGAUCUGCCUGCCUCGGCCUCCCAAAGUGCUGGGAUUACAGGCGUGAGCCACCAUGCCUGGUCACCCUGCUACUUUUUAAUAUUUUUUAGUAGAGAUGGGGUCUCACUAUGUUGCCCAGGCUGGUCUCCAACUGAUGGGCUCAACUGAUCCUCCUAUCUUGGCCUCCCAAAGUGCUGGGAUUACUGGUGUGAGCCACUGUGCCUGGCCUGAUUACAUUUUAAAAAUGAGAUUUCCCCUCCCCUACAGUGAGAUUCCACAUAAAAAUCCAGAUUUCUGCUUUCCCUAGAAAAACGGACCUGGCAACAUUCCCAUGGCACAGGACGCCUACUCUCCAGUUGCCACAGGCCCUGCCACCCCCCUGCCCUUCAUUCUGGUCUCCUUUCUGGCCCUUUUUAGGCACCUGCGUUUGCCCUAGAUUAGGAGUCAGCUAGCUGUCUGUAAAGGGCCAGAUGGCAAUUAUUUUGAGCUUUAUGGGCCAGGUGGUCUCUGUGGCAGCUACUCUUCACCUGCAGCCACAAAGCACAAGGCAAUGCACAAAGGAAUGGGUGUGGCUGUGUUCCAAUAAAACUUUAUUUACAAAUCA